UCCACAAAAUCUAUGGGUGCAGUUCAAAGCUUGCCUCUGGAAGCUGUCCUUGUCAUACUGGAGAAAUCCUUCAUAUAACCUGGUCCGCAUGAUAUUCAUAUUCAUCACAUCAGUAGUAUUUUCUGCGCUUUUCUGGAAGCAUGGAAAGACAAUAAACAAUCAACAAGAAAUGUUCAACAUCCUUGGAUCAAUAUAUAUUGCUGCCAAUUUCAUGGGCACAACCAACUGUUCAUCAAUUUUGCCAAUCAUACUAACUGAGCGGACUGUUCUAUACCGUGAAAAAUUUGCAGGAAUGUACUCCUCAUGGGCCUAUUCAUUUGCACAGAUGGUAAUUGAGAUCCCCUAUGUAUUUCUCCAAGCAGCGUUGUUUGCAGCCAUCACCUAUCCAGCAAUUGGUUACUACUCUUCAGCUUCAAAGUUUUUAUGGUUUUUUUAUACGAUGUUCUGCACAUUGCUCUGCUUUGUUUACUUAGGGAUGUUGCUUGUUUCAUUGACCCCAAAUCUUCAAGUGGCUUCAAUACUAUCAUCGCCUUGCUAUGCUAUUAUAAAUCUCUUCUCAGGCUUCAUGAUACCUGGCCCAAAAAUACCAAAGUGGUGGAUUUGGCUUUACUAUGUAAGCCCAUUGUCCUGGACUUUGAAUGGCCUUGCAGAAAAUACCAAAGUGGUGGAUUUGGCUUUACUAUGUAAGCCCAUUGUCCUGGACUUUGAAUGGCCUAUUUACUUCACAGUAUGGGGAUAUUCACAAGGAAAUCGUGGUGUUUGGAGAAACAAAAUCAGUGGCCAAUUUCCUGAAGGACUAUUUUGGGUUCCGACAUGA